UAACAACAGUCAAUGGAUGACAUCCUGUUUUUGUAUCAGAGCAGCAAUGUGGUUUCUGUGUCUCUUAUUUGGUUCUCUGAGUGUACAGUAGACUUCACGAGAUCUGGAGGGGAAGACUGUAGAUAAUUGAAUAAAAUUAUCUGACAGACAUACAUUAUUAGUAAAAACAACAAGAAGAGUUUGCUGCGCUUGCCAUGGCAUCGACAAAGUAUGACAAGAAGCCGGAACCUGGAGACCUCAUUGAAAUAUCCCGGGGCGUUUAUCAGCACUGGGCUAUUUAUGUUGGCGAUGGUUAUGUGAUUCACCUGGCUCCACCCUCUGAGCAUGCUCAAGCUGGGGCUUACAGUAUGAUGUCAGUACUGAGUGACAAAGCCACAGUGAAGAAAGAAGAACUUUAUGAAGUAGUUGGCAAUGAUAAAUACAGUAUCAACAACCUUCUGGAUGAGAAAUAUGAGCCACGUCCCAUUCAAGAUGUUCUACGAGAUGCACACAGGCUUUUGGGAAAGGAACUUCCAUAUAAUGUUUUCACUAUGAACUGUGAACACUUUGUUACAGAGCUGAGAUACGGAAAGCCAGAGUCACGCCAGGUGCGACAGGCAGUGGUGAUUGGUGGUGCUGCUGCGGCUGGCUUUGGAAUUGUUGUUGCUGCUGCUGCUGUUGUUUCAGCCUUUCUUGGUUCAAAAGACAAAGAGGACCAGAAAUACUAAGUUUGGAAAAAUUAUUUGAUGCUUCUGAUAGAAAUAAUUUAAUUUAAUAACUUGGCAGGCAUUGUUUUAUGAGAACGAUGUAAAGAUAUUAUGUUUUAUUAAUGUAGUUUGGGAGGAACAAAGGUGCGUUCACGCGGCCUCGUAAUUCCUGUAGUUACGACAUACUAGCUUGUAAAAAGCGUUCACGUCCUCGUAGAGCUCGUAAUU